CUGUCCUCUCCAAUGGUUUCCAACUUUCUAUGUUCUCAAAAACAUAUCCAAUCCUUUUUCUUUUCUGGGUCCUUGUUCCUCUCUCUCUCUCUCUCUCAUCUCCAGCGCAAUUUCCAGCUCACCCCGCUUAGAUCGGAUCUAUUUUCUGCCAUUGCCACCCUUCCCUACUUUUUUGCUUUCUUUAGUUUCAUCUGACGCCAUUUGGUUGGCUUUUCCAUCAUCCCCAGUAAAAAAAAAAAAAAAAAACAGAAAAGAAAAAAAAAAGAAAAAGAAACCCAUAAUUCCUGAAACCCAGAAAAAAAAGGAAAAAAAAAAAGAGUGAAAAACAAACAGCUUAUGCAUCAUAAAAGCAUUAGAGGAUUGAUAAUUGAGUUAUUGUUAGUGAGUUACAGUUUUGGGUCAGUGUUAAUGGGCAAUGUGACAUCAAGUGUGGCAGCGAAAUUCGCAUUUUUCCCACCAGACCCUCCUACGUAUGAUGUGUUCAGAGACGAGGAAGAGAGGCUUGUGUUCCCAGGUUUGACUGCAGACAAGAAUGUGGACGUUCAUUUGCUUGACACAAAAGGCGGGAACAAGAUCGUUGCCACGUUUUGGAGGUACCCUUUUGCGAGGUUCACAUUGUUAUACUCACAUGGCAACGCUGCUGACUUGGGUCAGAUGCACGACCUCUUCACUGAGCUCAGAGCUCACCUCCGUGUCAAUAUCAUGAGCUAUGAUUAUUCAGGAUAUGGAGCAUCAACUGGUAAGCCUUCUGAGUUCAACACAUAUUAUGACAUAGACGCUGUGUACAACUGUUUGAAGAGUACAUAUGAAAUUAAGCAAGAGGAUUUAAUUUUGUAUGGCCAAUCUGUUGGAAGUGGGCCCACACUGCACUUGGCUUCUCGGUUACAUAGGUUGAGAGCUGUUGUUCUUCAUAGUGCCAUCCUUUCGGGCAUUCGAGUCUUGUAUCCUGUCAAGAUGACAUUUUGGUUUGACAUUUUCAAAAAUAUAGAUAAAAUACGGAGUGUCAACUGUCCAGUUUUAGUUAUACAUGGAACAAAUGAUGAUAUUGUUGACUGGUCCCAUGGAAAGCGUUUGUGGGAACUUGCCAAGGAAAAAUAUGAUCCCUUAUGGGUCAAGGGUGGGGGUCACUGCAACCUUGAAACUUUUCCCGAGUACAUUAAGCACCUGCGCAAAUUCAUAAGCGCAAUGGAGAAACUCGCACUCGCAAAACAGGCAAAACAACUCUCUUCUAACGCAAGUAUUACAGAAGUCAAACAUAACAAGUGCUUGAGAUUUGGAAUAAGGUAGCCAAUUCUUUCUUAUCAGUUUGAUUAUUAGAGAAUCUGAACAUAUAGGUUCCUUUGCAUGGUUGGCCUUUGUCCAAGAAUAGUUGUGCUUGCUUGCCAAGUUAUUUGGCUUGGUAGUUUCUCAAGAGUGAAAAUUGAUAGGAAUCAUAUAGUCUGCUUGAUCCAGAUCCUGUUCAGAUAACCAUUUUUUGAGGUAGGGAUCUCCUGCGCCGUUACUGUUGCAAAGAGUUGUAUCAGUUCAUUUUAGAGAAUGUGCUUCUUGGUCUGGAUCUCGUGUAUGUAUAAUUAACAAAGUUGAGCGUUAUGUAAAGACUAUCAUUAGUUCCACAAAAGAAAUACAUGGGUUUGUUUCGUUUACA